UCUGGUGCACAUCGAUUAUUUAUGGAUUUGUCUUUCCCUUUCCCUUCUCCAUGGCUUUUCCCAGGAUGGUCAAUUUUUGUCCACAAUGUGGACAGAAGGUAGAGGAACUGUUCCACUUCUGUCCUGCCUGCGGAGGCCGGCUUCCCGUUCAAGAAGAAGAGCCGAUGCAGAUCACUCCGUCUCCUUCUCUGAGAGAAAUGAGGAUGACAUCGUGGAGAUGACGAAAUCAUGGAAGCCAGCUAAGAUGAGGUCACUCCCCCUGUCCCAGGGAUGCUAAUCACCCAUGCCAUGACGUCAUGGCACACUUUUCUUAGUACACGUCCUUUGCAUGACCAAGUCACCAUGCGCGUGCUGUCCUUGUGGCUUGUAAGGGAUGCCUGGGCCUUCCGACUGCCACUGUGGGUAGAGAGGUGCCCAGCCCCUUUGCUGCCCGCCACAACGGGGCCUGAGAGUUGUCCAAGCCUGCUGCAUGUUGCUGGCCUCGGGCCUAGUGGGAACGUUUGGGCCACUCCGACGGCACCGUCUCAUCUCUCGCUCAGAAUUAAAUCAGGACCUCCGAGAUCCGCUGCCGCAGCCGCCUGAAAAGAAGAAGGUGCAGAUCGUUUUUCCAGAAAAGGGGAUAUCUUCAGUCUCCUUUAAACAAGUUUCUCCCCAGAGCUCGACAGCAUCUACUUCUCCAAAGGCGAAAGCAAAGGUGGCUACGCGAUCACCAAAGAAGGACAAAUGUACUUGCGUGAAACUUCUCCCGGAGCGUGAAAUCUUGACAGACCUGAACAAGAAGGAGUGGAUACUUGGGAAGCUUCUGAGCAACACCGACCAUGGGCUGAUGUAUGAAGCAAGAUCAACAUCUGAAGUUUGUUCACCGAAGCAGAAAUACACCCUCAAACUGGAUGCUAAAGAUGGGAGGCUGUUUAAUGAACAGAACUUUCUUCAGCGAGCCGCCAAGAAAGUCACAGUGGAGAAAUGGAAGAAGCAAUAUUUUAAGCCAUUCCUGGGGAUUCCUGAAUGCGUUGGCUUUGGCCUCCAUGGGAGUACUUACAGGUUCCUGGUUUUUCCUGAUUUGGGUCGAUCCCUUCAAUCAAUUCUGGAUGACGGUGGAAACAAGAUGACGGAAAAGGCUGCUUUGCAGCUUGCAGUCAGGCUGGUUGACGUUCUGGAGUACCUUCAUGAGAACGAAUACACUCACGGGAAUGUGGCUGCUGAAAACAUAUAUGUGAACCCAGCUGAUCUUACUGUGGUUACUUUAGCAGAUUAUAGCUUUGCCUUUCGAUACAGCCCUGGGGGAAAACACGUGCCUCAGCGGGACGACAGUCGGACGCCUCAUGAAGGCAACUUGGAGUUCAUCAGCCUGGACAACCAUAGGGGAGCUGCGCCUUCCCGUCGGAGUGACCUUGAAUCCUUGGGUUACUGUCUGGUGAAGUGGCUACGUGGUAUCCUUCCCUGGUCUACAAUGCUGACAGAUCCCUGCUUGGUCAUGGAGAAAAAAGAGAGGUGCAGAGCAGAUGUGAUCAAGCGUCCAAGACAGCCCUGUGGUUGGGGAGCCAUGCCAGAAUCCAUAAAGAAAUACCUGCAACAAGUAAUGGCUUUGGAAUAUGAAGAAAAACCAAACUAUGAAGAACUCCGAGAUUUAUUUACGAGCCCUCUUCAGCUGAUGAGAACAUCGGCCUAUGACUCGGUGGACCUCAGAGUAGCACCCUAGAAAGCCGAACGGGAAGAGAAAUGACGAACAAGAACGAAUCCUGUUUGGCUUUGCAGCUCUUGAAAAAUGCAGUUGAUAUUGGAAUGUCGUCGCACUGGAGCAGUUGGCAGCGUGGUCUGUGUGUAUGUGUGUUGCGUGUUGCUUUUUAUCUCUGGUUUUUAAUGGAGAGAGGGAAAGUGAUUUUCUUGGAAAUGUCUAUUAGGAUCCUGUUGUGUGGCCUUUUACGACCUCAAGAUUUGUUUGGGAAUUCUAGCUAACAUGAACUUUGAAUCUUUGCUUGGCAAAAAAUUACUCAGACAUUAUUUAUAAAGGGUAGCUGCCCCAAAUAUCAGUGUGACGCUCUGAACCUAAAAAAAAAGGUGAAGGAUUGUAAAUAUUGAUAGCCACUUUAAUUCUGUUUUUAAUCUUGCCUUUAGCGUGUCUGACGUGUUUUAUUCUGUUGCAAGCUAUCUUAAAGGCGUUUUGUCAGGCAGAAGGACGAGAUAACAGUUUU